GAGACGCCUGUCACUCUGCGGAGACCGAGUCUCUUGGGCUAAAGGUAGUCUGAGUGGAGAAAGUAAUGAAGAUGGAAGGAGCUGAUGUUGAUGAAUUAUUGAGGAGAUUUAUGGAGUAGCCAAGUGAUAGCCCCUUUACUCAUCUUGUCGGAACGAUAGAGGACAGCGAUACCGGGAAAUCGACAGAUAGCAUGCCAGUAGAGGUGACUCCACUGCAGAUGAGGGAACAUGUUGGCUAUGGACCAAGGAGUGGUGGAGGAAUGGCUGUCAGAAUUUAAGACCCUCCCUGACAGUGCUGUGUCCAACUAUGCCGCCUCACUAAAAGACAAAGGUUCCCUGGUCCCUGCACUCUACAAGGUCAUCCGAGAGAACUACAGCGACUUGCUGGAGCCAGUGUGUCACCAGUUGUUUGAGUUUUACCGGAGUGGUGAGCCGCAGCUGCAGCGUUUCACGCUUCAGUUCCUGCCAGAGCUCCUGUGGAGCCUCCUGUCCGUCAGCGCAGCCAGAGACCCUCACACCUCCGGUUGCAUCGAGGCCCUGCUGCUGGGCAUUUACAACCUGGAAAUAGUUGAUAAAGAUGGACAAAGCAAAGUGUUAUCUUUCACCGUCCCUUCCCUCUCCAAACCCUCAGUGUACCAUGAGCCUUCAGCCAUCGGCUCCAUCGCCCUUACCGAAGGCGCACUAGCAAAUCACGGGCUGACCAGGGUGGUGUACAGCGGGCCGCACCUCCAGAGAGAGACCUUUACAGCGCAGAACAGAUUUGAGGUACUGACCUUCCUGCUGCUUUGCUACAACGCUGUUCUCAGCUACAUGACCUCCACCUCCCUCCAGUCCCUCUGCCAGCUCAGCUCCAGGGUGUGUAUAUGCGGUUACCCACGGCAACAGAUGCGGCGCUACAAAGGCAUUAGCACACGGCUGACGGUUACGUCGGAGUUCCUGGUUCAGCUCAUCACAGGGAUACACUACGCCUUGUGUAAUGGAGAAGUUGAACUUGGAUCCAAAGCACUGGAUGACGUUCUGUAUCGGGCCCAGCUGGAAUUAUUCCCUGAAGCUCUGUUGGUGGGUAACGCUAUCAAGUCGUCGCUGCACGGCGCAGCGCUGAAGAGCAACAACAAGGAGGGUGCACGGAGUAUCCAGGUGGAGAUCACACCCACCUCCUCCAGGAUCUCCCGAAAUGCUGUCACCUCCCUCUCUAUCAGGGGACACCGCUGGAAGAGACACGAUGCAGUGGAUCUGGGUUCCCCGGAUGAGCUGAUGGAUAUCUCGGAGGUGGAUGAAGGGGUGUGGCCAGGCGGUGUGGGGCCUGACAUGACCCCACCCACCAUCACGAUCAGCAACAGCGUCACCACGUUGAACCUGGGGGCCAAGGCCAUGAAGAAGUGUCGGCUCGGCGGGCGCACCAGCAAGGACAAGGAAGCGGGCCCUCUGACAACAGGCCGGGCCGCCAGCGAGAACACAGAGCUGUCUAUCAAGCGACUGACGCUCACUUCCAGCCAAUCAGUGCCCAAGGCAGGAGCUCUCACCAGCCUGACACGCACUGCCAGCGCUGUCUUCUCUCGCUCCUUCGAGCAGGUGGCCAGCGGCAACGCCCCGCCCUCCAGCAACCACACCACGUCUGAAGCUGGCCGCUAUUCGUGCAGCCUGCAGGAGGAAGGGCUGGGGUACUUGAGUCCGGCGCCAAACCACACGCAGCGCUCUCCCAGCAUCAGCGUGCACCUUGGCUCUGACCUUUGAACCCUUUGUGACUCCUGACUACCUGAACCCUCGCCUCUGAUCUUUGUGACCCUGUACCUGUGAUCUGGAACUCCAAGCCAUGCCAACUGCAACGGACCACAAAUACACAAAUGAACACUCCUACCAGUUCCCUCGUCACUCCUUUUUAACGUCUUUGAUUGUCUGUGCUGUAAAAUCAGCCUGCUGCCCUGCUCCAUUCAGACAUCUGCAGUUCUGUCAGCUCCCUCUGCUCCUUUCACUCAGCAGAGUCUCUUCUGGGCCUGAUGGAGGCAGGAUGUCAGGGGGAUACCACCUCCAGCUUCAACGUUUUUUUUACAAGUGCACUGUUGCCGUGAAGUUGUGCCAGGAUAAAACUGUACUCCGCUGCAGAGAAGCCUGUCAAAAAAUGGGUGCACUUAAAACUCCUUACUAAAAAAAAAAAAACUGUGGGAAAAGUAUUUAAAUUGGCAUUUGUUGCCCUGCAUGGCUUUUCCAUACAUCCAUCCUGACCUUGCCCAGGUUCGUCAGAGGGCAGAUGUUGAGUAUGUUUGAGCAUGCUUGAGUGUGUGUAAUGUAUGUGUGUAUGUGCAAUUAUUUUUAGAAUAAAGGCUGCUGAUUGAUACGAUGAACAAGGUAUGAUUCUCCGAGUUGAAACGAGUGUUUUCACUACUUUUGUAAAAAUAAUAGAUCCCUACCCAUAGCAAUACAAAUCUCUUCUAUUCAGUGUUUUCCAUCUUUUGGGAUGAUUAACUUCCUUCGUUCACACUAGUUACACCCGUGCUUCUUUAAAGAAAAUCUUCAUUCUUCCCUUAAAAUGUAAAAAGACCACUAAAUAAUAAAGCAGUAUGAUACGAAUUGGUUCUUUAUGUUUACAGUUGCACAGUAUUGUCAUCACGAUGGAAAAGCAAUAUUUGUGUCGCUCCCACUCGCUCCUCUAGCACUUUCCUAAACUGCUGUGUAUUUGAUGGCAUAAAUAAAACUCCCAACUUCUGACAAAUGACGGAUGAUUUUUCACGAUGGGGGACAAUGGACGUGUAUGAUUUUUAAGUAUUGAAUUUUGCACUUGAAAGAGCAAAGAGUUGUGUUCUCAACUUUGGUAUUUUCUUAUCAUGAACAAGAGAGGUUUGACUCUCAAACUGUGGUAUUUUCCUGUGGAGAAAGAUGCGCUUUGUUGCUCCGUACAGAUUUCUACGACGACCAUUGAUCCAAAAAAAAAAGUUUUAAAACCACACAGACUUCCAGUCCACUUACUUGUACAGGGGUAAUUUGACAACAAAACUGUAACUGAACCUAUUCCUGUGUAUUCUGCAGUAAGAAGUCGUGCUGGGCAACAAAGCAUCUUUUCCUCUCUUAUGAUCCACCUGCCAUUCCAGCUGUUUGUAGUACUUUGGUGAUGUGUUUCCUGUGUCCCUCCUUGUUGUUCACAUCAUGAUCAUCAUGAUCAUCACGUCACAUGACAUGGUGAUAUUCUCUCGUACCAAAAAAAAAAAAAGGAAUUAAACUCAACCCAUCUGCUACAUUUGAUGUCCUAAAUCAAGCUUUCAUGCUGCCCCUCCCUCAAGCAAAAGAGUGUUCUGUUGUCUGGUGUACUAGAGCUGUCGAGUGUCCAUACAGUAGCUUGGUGGGACAAUAACAAUCAUCGUGUUUCUGUAUGUGGGUUUACAGAAUGUGAAUGGGUAUGCUCUUGUUGUACAUCAUACCGUUGUACUAAAGUUGGUUUAUAUUGGCCUUUCUAUGUCUGAAGAUAACUCACUGCUACAACUUCUGGGAAUAAAGUGUUUCUAUAUUUCA